AUAUGCAUACAUGAAUAAAAAAAAAAAUCAGGAAAAAAAAUAUAUCGCCCGUCAUUAGUUUUCCGAGAGAGAGUCCUAUGUCCGAGUCAACGUCCGGGUCAGUGAAUACAGCAUGUGAUGUACGUACCACUGCAUUGGGUCGGAGUGACUGACACAUGACAAGUACCGACACAGACAAGUGAUGAAUCAUGGCGACUGUCAAGAAAAGGAAGGUGGACGCAGAAUGCCGCGUAUUUCAGGAAAAAUUGACAAAUGACUUUUUCUUUGUUGAAGUGAAAGGCAAGCCAGUGUGCCUAGUUUGUGGCGAGGCGCUUGCGGUGAUGAAAAAGGCCAAUGUCGAGCGCCAUUACAGCUCGAAACAUGCUAAACUCGACGAGUUGAAAGGACAAAUGCGUUUGGAUAAAAUUAACGCUCUUCGUCGGAGUUUGGGUGCUCAACAAGCAGCUUUCACACGGCCACAGACUGACAGAGAGAAUAUUACGCGUGCAAGUUUUGUGGUGAGUGAACUGAUAGCCACGAAGCUGAAACCUCACGCUGAAGGAGAGUUCGUGAAGGAGUGCCUCGUAGCCGCCGCGGAGCUGCUCGCGCCCGACAAAGUGAAAUUAUUUCAAAGCGUCAGUUUGUCCCGGAGAACCGUUUCAGAAAGGAUUACUGAUAUGGCGCAAGAUAUUGAAAAAACACUCAAGAACACUGCAAGAGACUUUGAGUAUUUUUCUCUGGCCUGUGACGAGACAACAGACAUCACACACACAGCGCAGCUUGCCAUUUUUCUGCGUGGGAUUACGUCUGAGUUUGAAACAAAGGAGGAGUUGCUGUCUUUGCAAGCCAUGCAUGGCACUACUAAAGCUCACUCCCCAUCAGCCGUGAUGUCAACUGGGUCAUCAGGGAAAGAACAAGAGGAGUCUCAAGAUAAAUGAUGACAGUGAGCAGAGACCUAAUGGAG